AUGGCUCUGCCUCCAGAACAGAUUAACAUCAAGCGCCGACGAGAGGAGGAGCCCGUGGAUACGUUAUAUAUACAGUCUGAAUUACACCAGACCAAGCGUCGCUUCACGGACUUCGUCUUUCAACGAGUCCAAAUCAAAGGCGAUGGUGGCAGCAGCGGCUCCCCAUCACCAGCAAAGGGGGCUCUCCGCAGUCCGCGCUCGGUGAGCAGUGUCAAUUUCCCAACGACCGCGCAUUCUCGCCCUGCUUGGACGGGGAGUGUAGGAGGAGUCCCGUUGGUGAGAGCCACGACGCCGGGGGCGGAGAUUCGUGAAGCCAAGCGCCUCGCGACCAUCCGGAAAGAGAAGGAAGAGAAGCUGUACAGGGCUUUGCGUUCAUCACCGACGGCACCGGAAACCCGCCAUGCUCACGAUAAUGGAGCAGGUGAUGAUGAACUGGCCUCGGUGCCUACGACGUCCAGCGGCAGAGCGAGCCCUGCACCAUCAGCGUCUCCGGUUGUGCGACGAUUUCAAAUCUCUCGGUCCAAGAGCCUCCUACGAGGUACGUCGGGAGGCGGUGUACAGAAACGGAAGGGAGACGGCGCAGUUGCGGUGCUGGUGGAAAAGUUGCGACGCAAACCACAUUCCAGGCAAGCGUCCAUGGUUGCGGAUGCUGUAGUCCAAGCGGAAGGAGAUACAGGAAGGUACGAAAUUGCUUCUACAAAAAUUACCGAUCUGCGGGACAACUUGGCCCAACACGAGGAAGAAGCUCCGACUCCGCAGCGGAAGCGACCUGUAGUGAACAAGGCAGAAAGAGAGUGGAGAGAGGAGCGUAAGACGGCAAUCAGUGCAGCCAAACAGCACAUCACACAGGUGUUGGAGAAGGAGGCCCAAGCUCAACAUCAAACCAACUGGGACGAUGAAUCGGAUCGACUAGCCCAAGAAUUUCAGCAGAUUGCACUGGAGAUAGAGAGGGAAGUAGAAGAGGACACGGACGAGGACACGGAGAUAUUAGCCACGCGGUCGACACAGGCCCGUUCUCAUCCGAGGAUGCCCAAAGCACCGUUGAAAUAUCCCCCCCGCACGCCCAAUAAGCUUCGAGCUAGGCCUGCAGAAUCGCCGCAAGGGUGUGAAGUGCUGGUCAAGGCUGCUGUCAUAGCUACUCCUACCACUAAUACGACAGCUCCAGCUGCCGCCGCAGCCACGGCAACUACCCCUCAGGCGGCACCAGAUGUGGAACACGAGGACGACAGCGAUGGAGAAUACGUCUACGAUACGUAUAUCCGAAAACCCCUCCCAGAGAUUGAAGAAGGAGGAGGAGGCCUGCUUACGAACCCCCUGGUGGAUUUGCAACUGGACCAGGAAGCCUGGCUUCGACAGAAUGGCAUCGAUACGACCCGUGCCGACAUUGGAGUGAUAGUUAUCACGCAAGAGGACGAAGAGUAUUGGGAAAGUUUUGUGGAGGAGGAAGACGAUGAAGAGCGAUGGGAUAGUGAGGAUGGGGAUUCCAAUGCUGAAAAUAAUCCCGCCAAUGAGUACCCUGACGAAGAGCUGUCCUGGGACGACGAAGACGACGAUCGACUGGCCAUCUAUCACAAAUACCGCCGCCACGCGGUGUCAGACGAUGAGGAAUUCGACUCAGACGAGUCGGCCAAUGAGAGGUGGUUUGGCCCUUCUGGGCGUCGGUCGCACGUGGAGUCCGAUGACGAGAGCUGGUGA